AUGGCAACAACCGAGAGUACUUUAUCAUCCACAGAAAAGUGUUGUUGUGGAGGUGAUGAUUCAUCAUCAAUGAGCACUUCUUCAACUCCAUCAAAUAGUAUUAGCACAAUAGUUGAGCCACACAUGGUUGAAUACAACUCCCUAACAGGAUGUAAGGAAUUAUUUUCUACCAAUCCAAAGGUUGUUGUUCCUGGAGCAAUCUACAUUAAAAACUACAUUUCGGAAGAGGAAGAGGAGAGAAUUAUGAAAUUAAUUGACUCUAAGGCAUGGUGCCAUGAAAUUUGUAGAAGAACACAAAUGUAUGGCUAUACCUAUUAUCAUACAAGACAUAAUCUUCCAACAAUGCAACCAGUUAAUGAGAGCUCUUCCAAUUAUCAACAUUUGGAUUUGAAGGAAUUUGAUUGGCUUAUUGAAAGACUUGUGGAACGGGAUGGACUGUACAAGACUGAUUAUGGAAAUCCAACACAAUGUCUUGUGAAUGAAUAUAUUGGAACACAGGGAAUUAGUAGUCAUGUUGAUAAUCCUGGUCCGUUUGGAGAUAUCAUCACACUGGUUUCACUCAACAAACCAAUUUACAUGGUUCUGAAAUUGGCAUCCAAUGAGAAUAUUCAAACUAAGAUUCUACUCGAACCAAGAAGUUUAUUUGUAAUGAAAGACGAUUCCAGAUUCAAAUGGAAACAUGGAAUUACCCAUAUGAAACAAGUCUACGUCCCAAGCACUGGUGAAACAUUAAUAAGGGAUGAAAAUUACAGAAGAGUGAGUCUCACCUUUAGAUUUAUCAAAACAGAUGGAACGAAGAAAGUUACAAAUGAAGAUCCAAACGCUGAUGCCUUGUGGUAA